AUGAACGGAAAAGUGAUCGUGCCCGCUGUUUCUAUCAUCCUCGUGGUGGGUGUGGCCCUUGGCGUCGUCGGCAUCGUUCACUAUAGGAACAGCAGCAGCAAUGGUCAGCCAGAGACCAACACCCACACAAAGGCCGUUGCCGCCAUAUGCCAAAGCUCUGACGACCCCAAGCUCUGCCAUAACACGCUCGACCCCGUCAACAGCACCGACCCUAAGGAUUAUAUAAAGGCUGUGGUGGAAUCCGCCAUGAACACCGUCAUCCAGUCCUUUAAUCUGACCGACAGGGUUCAAAUAGAGCACGGAAAUAGCAGCACAAGAGGCAUAAAGAUGGCCGUCGAGGACUGCAAGGACUUGCUGCAAUCAGCGAUAGCGGAACUGCAAGCAUCGGGUGUGCUGGUUCAAGACAACAAUGCUCGAAGCGUGACCGACCGGGAAGAUGACCUCAAGAACUGGUUGAGCGCCGUCAUCGCCUACCAGCAAUCCUGUCUUGAUGGGUUUGAGACGGACAAUGAUGGCGAGAAGGCGAUACAGCAACAAUUGCAAGCAGGCGGCCUGGACAACGUGGAGAAGCUCACAGGGUUGGCACUAGAUGUUGUGGCUGGCAUUUCCCAGUUUCUCUCCGUCUUGGACUUGGACUUGGACGUAAAACCUGCUUCUCGUCGUCUUCUGAGCAACGUGGCGGAGUUAGAUCACGACGGAUAUCCCACUUGGAUCUCCGGCCCCGAUCGCCAGCUCAUCGAGCUGCCCAACACAGGACACCCUACCGAUCAGCCCAACGCGGUGGUUGCCCAGGACGGCAGUGGCCAGUUCAAGACCAUUCAAGAGGCCAUCAAUUCAUACCCGCCGAACUUCCAAGGCAGAUUCACCAUCUACGUCAAGGCCGGCAUCUACAAUGAAUACGUCCACAUUACCAAGAAGCAGCCCAACAUCCUCAUGUACGGUGAUGGCCCCAACAAGACCAUUGUCACUGGCAACAGGAGCUACACCUCCGGUUGGAAAACAAUCAAAACUGCCACCUUCACCACCUUGGGUGACGGCUUCAUUGCCAAGUCGAUGGCAUUCGAGAACACCGCCGGAGCUGAAGGACAUCAAGCAGUUGCGCUGAGGGUGAUGGGUGAUCGCUCAGCUUUCUUCGACUGUGCCAUGCGCGGUUAUCAAGACACCUUGUACGCACACGCCAAACGUCAGUUCUACCGCAACUGUGAGAUCUCCGGCACUGUGGACUUCAUCUUCGGAUAUGGCAGCACCUUGAUCCAGAACUCCAGAAUCUUGGUCAGGAAGCCCAUGGAUAACCAGCAGAACAUCGUGGUCGCCGACGGCACUGCCCAAAAGCAAAUGCGCACCGGAAUUGUCCUCCAGAACUGCCAGAUCAUGGCCGACGCCAGCCUCCAAGCCGACCGGUUGACCGUCAAGUCCUACCUGGCCAGGCCAUGGAAGGCAUACUCCAGGGCUAUCUUCAUGGAAAGUGAAAUCGGUGAUCUCAUCAACGCCGAUGGUUAUCUUCCAUGGAUGGGCAGCAUGUUCCUAGACACCUGCUACUUCGCCGAGUAUGCCAACACCGGUCCCGGUGCCGCCACAAACAACAGGGUCAAGUGGAGUCACGGCGUCAUCACCAAGGAUGAUGCGACUCAAUACACCGCCGAGCCUUGGCUUCAGGCCGGCUCAUGGUUGCCCGCCACCGGUAUUGCCUUCGACAGCGGUCUCACCAAAGCUUAAAUCGUCCGUCUCCCUUUUCAUCCCCCACAAAAACGUUAACCAAUUCAUUUUCAACAUUAUUUCUGCAGGAGGUUUUACCACCAAUUCAUUGCACUCUUGUUAUUCUUGCUAUCAUUUUCUGCUCUCCUGCAUUUGUAAUGGAGA